GCUUAUCUAAUGCCGCUUGCUCUCCUGACAAGUUUGUUAACCAUUUAACCUCUCUAACUUCCCCCCCUCCAUCUUCUCUAUCUCACUUUGUCGCCGCCUACAAAUGUUACCGCCAAAAUCAGACCUUCGAGCCAGCUCGAUGCCGCACGUGGUUGCGCCGUCGGAGAGAGUCAUCGUCGCCGUCAAGGCGGAGAAGGUGAUCGCCAAGGCCGCGCUGGCUUGGGCUUUGUCUCACGUCGCGCGUCCCGGAGAUUGCAUUACGCUUCUCGCCGUUGUUCCAGAGCAAAAAACAGCAGAGAGGAAAUGGUUUUGGGGGUUUCCAAAGCUGAAUGGAGACCGCCGCCGCGACCUGGUGAACUCGGCGGAUCGAAUAUGUCAAAUCACCGACUCGUGCUCUCAGAUGGUUCUUCAAUUCAACGACCAGAUUGAUGUAAGAGUGCGGAUUAAGGUUGUGUCAGCCACUUUUGCCGGUGCAGUGGCUGCUGAAGCAAAGAGCAUUGGAGCCAGCUGGGUCAUACUGGACAAAAAAUUGAAACAUGAGCUAAAGGUAUGCGUGGAAGGACUACGAUGCAAUGUUGUAGUCAUCAAGGCAGGUUCGCAUCCAAAGGUCCUUAGGCUCAACUUAGGGUGCUCAGAAGAAUGGCCGCCACAAACACCCUUCUUUUCUGCUCACUCUUCACCCAUUUUGGACCAUCUAAAUCCACAUGGCUAUAGCCAGAGAAUGAAACAUUCAACUCCUGUUAGCAGUCCAGAGGAUCCAACAAGUCCUUUAUACAACAUGAGAACAACUCCACCACAAAAUCUAUCUGUUCUUCUUUGCCAGCACAAUCCACUAUAUGAAGGUCCUAAUAAUAACAAAAAUACAGGAAGGUUUUACAAAGAAAGUGACUUUGAGCGUGGUCGGGGAACCAAAGCAAUGGACUCAAUUGGGGAAAAAGUUGUUACUCUCUCAUCACGUAGUGGGAUAAGGGAAGCAGUAUCUUUAGGUAGUAAGGUCUCUUCAAAACCACCCCCGCUAUGUUCAACAUGUCAACUGAUCGCUCCAUCAUUUGGGAAGCCACCCAGGGAGUUUCCGUAUGAAGAGCUAGAGGAAGCCACAGAUGGGUUCUCCAGCAAAAAUUUUCUUGCAGAAGGAAGGGUGGGUUUGGUUCACAAAGGUAUUCUAAAGGAUGGAGUGGUGGUUGCUGUGAAACAGAUCAAGUUUCUUGGUUCUCAAGCUGAUGCUGAUUUCUCUAGGGAAGUGCGAGUCUUGAGCUGUGCACAGCAUAGAAAUGUGGUGCUUCUCAUCGGUUUCUGCAUCCAACGAAACAGGAUGCUAUUAGUUUAUGAAUAUAUUUGCCAUAAGUCCUUGGAUUUUCAUUUACAUGGAAACAGCGGUAAAGCUCCGGAUUGGCCAUCAAGACUGAAGAUAGCUACAGGGACAGCCAGAGGAUUACGCUACCUUCACGAGGACUGUAGGGUUGGAUGUAUAGUUCACAGGGAUUUGCGGCCGAAGAACAUUCUCCUAACUCAUGAUUUUGAACCUUUGGUUACAGAUUUUGGGCUAGCAAGGUUUCACAGUGAAUGGGACUUCUCAGAUGACAAACACCAUCUUGGAACUUCAGGGUAUUUAGCACCAGAAUUCUUCACUCAUGGAAAGGUUACUGAGAAAGUUGACAUAUACGCUUUUGGCCUUGUGUUGUUAGAGUUGAUUACUGGUAAAAGAACAAGUGACUUCCUCCUAUAUCACAAAUGGAAGAACAUUUUACUGGGGAAUCAUUACUACCCUUCAGCUAAGGUGGAUCCGAUUCAUAUUUUGGCAUAUAAGCAUCAGUUGUUGGACUCCAAUUUGGCAUCAACACAACUUCAAAACUUACCCCGUGAAGUACAUGCAAUGGGCUUUGCCGCUUCAUUGUGUUUGCAACGAGAACCUCACAUGCGUCCUCCCAUGUCAAAGAUCAUCAGGGUAUUAGAGGGAGGAGCUGCAGUACUGCCGCCGGAUUUAGACUCAAAUGUAGACAGCGAGAGAAAUCGUCUUCCAGAAUCAAGGAGGCAUUGUCGAAGACUUUCUUACUGAAGUGAAAAUACAUUUUCAAUACAUAAAUUGGUAAUUCUUUGAAAGAUAAAUUAGGCUUCACUCAUUUUGCAAUAUACAUGACUACAUGGUGAUUCUUAGAAGAGGUAAAAGUAAAUUACUGAAGUAUCCUUUGUGAGAAGAAUAUAGUCAAAUUAGAUUUACAAAGAGAUAACAAUGUAUGCACUACACUUUUGUGUAUCCUGUCUUUAAUAAAUUUUUCAUUUUACCCAAUUGAAUUAGUUUGGUAAAAA